AUGGAGGUUUCAGCGAAAAACAUCAGCUGUGGUUCAUCUGAGUCUGGCCUAAAUGCCAGAGUUGAGCCUUUCUCCUCUGUUCUGCUUCGUUCUGGGAGUCGAACACUGAGGAUUGACCAGCUUACUCCUCUCUGUCGGCAAUUGAUUGCUAGGCGCUCAAUCCUGCCAGCUCUGAAGCCAAAAAUUGUUCCUGUGAAGCCUGUCAAAAAGCAGAUCUUCACAGAUGGACAUCUGAAACCUAGAGCAGUGAGCACUUCUAGGCCUCAGAUGAGGGUUUCAGUGAAAGACAUCUGCUACUCUUCAUGUGACUCUGACCUGACUAGCGAUGACCAUUCUUCAUCUCUUCUGCCUAAUUCUGGGUGUCCAGCAGUGAGGACGGACACACAUAUGCCUCACCGCCAGCUGUCUGUUGCUGUGCUCUCAAACCUGCCUGUUCUGGAGUCCAAGUAUGUUCCUGUGAAGCCUGUCAACCAGCAGAGCUUCACAGAUGGACCUCCAAAACAUCAGGUGAAGGUUUCAGUGAAAAACAUCAGCUACCCUGGAUGUGUGUCUGAUCUGAAUGACAGUGUUGAGAUGAAGAUGGAGGAUGUGCCUUUUGUGAAAGCAAAUGGUGUUCCUGUGAAGCCUGUCAGUAGACAGAAGUUCACUGAUGCACCUCCAAAGUGUAGAGUGAGCACUUCUAACACUCAGAUGAAGGUCUCAGUGAAAGACAUCCUCUUCCCUUCAUGUGUUUCUGGUCUGAAUGCCGGCGUUGAGCGUCCCUCAUCUCUUCUGCCUCCAUCUGGGAGUAGAGCAGUGAGGAUGGAUAAACGCUUGCCUCUCCACCGGCAGUCAGUUGCUGUGUGCUCAAACCUGCCUCUUCUGGAGCCACACCGUGUUCCUGUGAAGCCUGUCAACAAGCAGAGCUUCACAAACGGACCUCCAGAACGCAGCAUGAGCUCUCCUAAACACAAGACGGAAGUUUCAGUGAAAAACAUCAGCUUUCCUCUGUGUGAGUCUGACCUGAAGGCCGGUGUUGACCGCUCUUCAUCUCUUCUGUCACAUUCUGGGAGUCCAGCAGUGAGGAUGGUCAAACGUACACCUCUCCGCCAGCAUCAUGUUGCUGCUCCCACACGCUUGUCUGUAUUGAAGCCAAGCUGUGUUCCUGUAAAGCCUGUCGAUGAACCCCCUUCAUGUUGGUCUGAUCUGAAAGUGAAGUCUCAUCUUUCCUUACCCAGACUGCCAGGCUUAACAAGUCGACCAGUGAACAAACGUGAGUCUUGUCCAUUUGAGGAUGAGGAUGUGAAGAUGAAGAGGGCUCAGUCAGCAAAAAGUAGUCCUCUUCUGCUGUCAAGAUUCCCCUCUGCAGUCUGUUUUUGA